UUUAGACCCAAUUUCGUGUAUCUUCUCGUCUCAUGAACAGAGUGCCUCGUAACACCCCUAUUCUUAAUGCAUACAGAUGUGGACUCAUUUCCAGUGCUUUUAUUUUGGAUGCGGUGUUACAAACUUACCAUAUCAUCCAACAUUUUAUUUUGGUACUUCACUUCCGUUCCUAUGUCGAUGGACAACUGGAAAAAAACAAUGUAUCAAUAUCACAAAGUGACUAUUAGAACCACAGAGCACGGAACGCUUAGCAACGAUGACACGUCAUCCUACAGAAAGUGAGGAGGACCAAAAUGAAAGCGAGCGAGAAAUGGACCAUAUACAUCCACAGCUCAAGUAAAUGUGAUGGAGGCUCAUUUGUAAGAAAAAAAAGAGUGACACAACCCAACUUCACUGUCAGCAGGACAAUAAGGCCCUGCCUCCACCCACUGAGACAAAGACACUGUAUGACCGACAAAAUGGCCGUUCAUGCCGUUGUUCUAUGGAACAAACGUGCCAAGAUGGUUGAGGCGGUCCCUGAAAAGGGAUUGUGGGAGGCGUUUUGGACACUGCACACUUCUCACAUUGCUACCAAAGGUGAAAUUGGGGGAUUCUCUCAACAGGCAAUCACAGGCCACGCGCCUGUAAAGACAAGCUAUAGCUGGAGAGUCACUCUUGGGAAUUACAGCCCCAACACUUUAGAAAUAUUGGACUUAUUGGUCAAGAAGCUUAAAGUCAAGCAUGGUGGUGGUGGCAUCAUGGUCUGGGGCUGCACGAGUGCUGCCGUUCCUUGGGAGCUGCGGUUCAUUGAGGGAAACAUGUACUGUGACAUUGUGAAGCAGAACAUGAUCCCUUCUCCUGGGCUUUGUGAACAAUCACCCCGGACAGGCUCCGCCCAGAAUCCCCUGCAUUUGCUGCUGCUUCAUGAUGAGAAAUAUGAGACACACAGAGACUUGAGGUUGGUGGGGGAGACGACCAAAUAG